GCUGACUGCUGGGAGAAAUACAUCUGUUUUGUUACUGAUCACAGCACCACACAAGUCAUCCAUAAUUUCAUCUGGGUCAUUUGACUUUUCAUCAACAGUGACGUACAUUUUGAAAAGGGUGCUCUCUUCCCUUCUCCUCUGCUCCUGGAGGAGAAGCCAUCAGUGCCCUUGGCUCUGGGAAGCAUGUUCAGGAAUGCCGCAGCCAUCUCUUUGCACCUGGUGGGGCUCCUCCAGGGAAAGAAGGCUGGAGCUUCUGUCACCCGACACUUGCACCAGACUUUUACCAUGGCCAAACAGAUGCAGGCUCGAAGACUGAAAGGACUGGACUACAACCCAUGGGUGGAGUAUGCCAGACUGGCCACUGAGUAUGAUGCCGUGAACCUGGGCCAAGGCUUCCCUGACUUCGCACCCCCAGACUUUGCUCUGGAAGCCUUCCAACAUGCUGUCAGUGGGGACUUGAUGCUCAACCAGUACACCAAGGCCUUUGGUUACCCACCACUGACGAAGAUCCUGGCUAGUUUCUUUGGGAAGCUGCUGGGACAUGAGCUAGACCCACUCACAAACGUGCUGGUAACUGUGGGUGCCUAUGGGGCCCUGUUCACAGCCUUCCAGGCCCUGGUGGAUGAAGGUGAUGAGGUCAUCAUCAUUGAGCCCUUUUUUGAUUGUUAUGAGCCCAUGACACUGAUGGCAGGUGGCCGCCCUGUGUUUGUGUCCCUGAAGCCGAGUCCAACCCGGGAUGGGGAGCUGAAUUCCAGCAGCAACUGGCGACUAGACCCCGAUGAGCUGGCCAGCAAGUUCACUCCUCACACCAAGGCUCUCGUGCUCAACACCCCGAACAACCCUCUGGGGAAGGUGUUCUCCCAGACAGAACUGGAGCUGGUGGCCAGCCUGUGCCAGCAGCACAACGUGGUGUGUAUCAGUGACGAGGUCUACCAGUGGCUGGUCUUUGAUGGGUGUCAGCACAUCAGCAUUGCCAGCCUUCCAGGCAUGUGGGAACGAACCCUGACCAUUGGCAGUGCCGGCAAGACCUUCAGUGCCACCGGUUGGAAGGUGGGCUGGGUUCUGGGCCCAGAUCAUCUCAUGAAGCACCUGCGCACAGUACAUCAGAACUCGAUCUAUCACUGCCCCACGCAGACCCAGGCUGCCGUUGCUGAGAGCUUCGAGAAGGAGCAGCUGUGCUUCGGGCAACCCAGCAGCUACUUUGUGCAGCUCCCACGGGCUAUGCAGCGCAGCCGUGACUACAUGGCACGCAGCCUGCAGUCGGUGGGCCUGAUGCCUGUGCUCCCCCAGGGAAGCUACUUCCUCAUCACAGAUAUCUCAGGGUUCAAGAGUAAGAUGCCAGACCUGCCCGGCGCUGCCAAUGAGCCAUAUGACAGACGCUUCGUCAAGUGGAUGAUCAAGAACAAGCCCACAGGGCAGCCUCCCCACCUCUGUUCUCCCCACCCCUCCUGCCUGGAGGGGACCAUGUGGAAACUUGACUGCCUUCUUCCCAGGGCUUGGCAGCCAUCCCUGUCUCCAUCUUCUUCAGCCUGUCUCAUCAGAAGGACUUCGACCACUACAUCCGCUUCUGUUUUGUAAAGGAUGAAUCCACGCUCAAGGCCAUGGAUGAGAAACUGCAGAAGUGGAAGGAGGAACUCAGGCCCUGAAGUCCCUUGGCCCAACCUGCUUGUCCCUGUGUGCUCCACAGGGCCAGAUUGGGGGUGGGUGAUAGUAAGGACCCUACUCUACGGCAGGGGAAGAGCCCUCCUUUUGGUCCACAUGGCCUUGUCUUCCUGGCUCAGAGAGGAAGGAAGGGCCUAAGCUGGAACUCAUCACUGGGUCCUAGGAUCCCUGUGGCCUCCCCAGUCCGGCAAGGGAGCACCCCUGAGUCCCAGUCCCAGCCUGGGACUGCCCUGGCCCCAGACUCUGGCACCUCCCCUUUAUUUCCUUUUUUAAUCUUGAUCUUGGGAAAUCAAAUUUAGGCUUCAGUCAUCAAGCCAAUUAUUUUUGCCUUAAAUAAAGGUUUAAAUUGUUCAA